AUGGCCGUCCAAGCAACUGCAACCGCCGUUGAAGACGGUCACUUCUCGCCCUGGUACGGCACCGUGCGAUCUGCCUUGGUCGAUUCAUUCAACAACUCGCCCCUUACCAGCAACGUCGUCUCACCCUCGAUAUCAAUCGCGCUUCCAUCAGUCAUGUUCCAUGGCGACAUGCUGAGACCCAGCCUUUGCGUGAGCGCGGUAACGAAAAUGCUAUCCGAUGAUGAUCGUCACACCCACAAAGGGUGUUGA